AUGGGAAGCAGUAGGGAUUCCACAGACAGUUUUGAGGCGGUGGAUGAGCUUGAAGAUGGUGUACCGCGGGAUCUUGCCUCCGGUGGAGAAUUGGGUGGCACGUUGAAGGAGGAGCCAAUGGAAACUGAUGAGCAAUUGCCUUUAGAUAAAGGAGGUGAGCAAGAGGAAGUUAAAGAGGAAGAAAACAAGGAGAAUAAGGAGGAAGCUGAGGUGGAGCGAGAGGAAAUUAAAGAAGACGAAGAACGCGUGAAAGAAGAGAACAAUCCGGAACUCAUAGUUCCUCAGACGCAUGAAAUCGUGAUACCUUCUUAUUCUAGAUGGUUUCAUCUGAAUCGGAUAAAUGAGAUAGAGAAAAAGUCCUUACCAGAAUUUUUUACGAACCGUAUUCCUUCUAAAACUCCUCAGGUAUACGUGAAAUAUAGAAACUUUAUGGUCAAUUCGUACCGUUUAAAUCCUAAUGAGUAUUUUACUGUGACCUCGGCACGCCGAAACCUAUGUGGGGAUGCAGGCUGCAUUUUUAGAGUGCACAAGUUCCUCGCAAAGUGGGGCUUAAUAAAUUAUCAGGUGAACGCAAAAGUGAUUCCCAAGGCUGUUGAACCGCCAUUUACAGGCGAGUUUUCCACCCGCCAUGAUGCUCCUCGUGGACUUUUUCCGUUUCAGUCUUACAAACCUGCUGUGCAGAUUCCUGAUAUGUCGCGCCUGAAGAAAAUGAUGACGCAGUUGAGAGACCCAGCUCAAGUUACAGAACCAGCAAAUUCUGAACGGGAGACUAAUUCUGAUAAUUCUGGAGCAGCUCCUACAAGCGUUAAGCGCGAAAUGGUGCCGCCUGCAGUAUCAAGCAAACCUCCUAAGAGACCAAAACUAGAAGAAAUGGUAGAUAAGGAUUGGAGUAAGGAUGAUCUAAUGAAGUUGCUCAAGGCUAUCCAACAGCAUGGUGCAGAUUGGCCCCAGAUUGCAAAAGAAGUGGGUAACAAAACACCUGAGCAGUGUAUCCUCCGGUUUUUGCAACUCCCAAUUGAAGAUAAUUUCUUAGAGACAGAAGAAAAUCUAGGCCCACUAAAAUACGGUGCCCAUCUUCCCUUUAGCAAGGCAGAUAACCCUGUUAUGAGCACAAUAGCUUUUUUGAUUGGGUUAGUGGAUCCAAAAACAGUGCAGGAAAUGACCAAACGGGCAAUCACAUCGAUCACUGGUGAAGAUGGAACCCCUACUAAAGACACACAAGGACAAGCUGAGCCAAAGCAGGAAGAAAACCAGCAGGAUGAAACAAUUGGAAGUGCUGUCAAAGAGGCUACUGAAGUUGCUAUUUCCACUAUCGGCGUCAGGUCGCAUGUGUUUGCCAAUAACGAAGAAAGACAAUUGAAUGCCAUAGCCAACGAACUUGUUACUACGCAGAUGAAAAAGGUUGAAUUAAAACUAAAGCUAUUAGAUACAAUGGAGAAAUCCCUGGAAAUAGAACGUAAGACAUUAUUAAAACAGCAGGAAGAGGUUUUUAUACAGAAAUUUUCAUUUGCCAAACACGCAAUUGGUAUAUUGGAGAAAUUCGACAGGUUAUUAAAUGAAGAUGAACAAGAUCCCGCUAAACUGAAGGAACAUAUGGAGUCGCUGCGCAAGACUGUGAUGAAUCCUCCGACAUUUUCCAUUAGCACUGUAACCGAUUCUGUACCGAACUCUGCUUCUAACGGCUCUAAUCAAACGCCAGGCACGGUUAAUAAUGAGGCAAGUCUGGGACCCUUUGAUGAACCAAGUGUUAAGCCUGUUUCUAUUGAUGCUCCCCAGUUAUAUCGUUACUGGUCAGGUUAA